GAAACAAAAAAAAAAAAAGAAAAAAAAAAGAAAAAAAAGAAGACAUUCUAGUGUUUUUCAAUAACAGGUACUUAAUCAUACACGUCAAAAUUAUAAAUUAUGAGAUGAAAAAUAAAAAAAACCCUUAUAUAAUUUCAAAUUGAAAAUGAACAUUUUUAUCUGAAAUUGAAAUUGAAAUUGAAUCAUUUUCCUCACAAAAAUAGCAGAAAAAAAUUAAAAAAAAUGUCGAGCAUUACAAACAGUUUGGCUCCUAAUUUUAGCAGAAGUCAACUGCAAAAUUACCGCCGUAAUUAUCUCAAUUUUACCUCCCAUUCGCCUGUCCGGUUAACUUUCCCGAGAAUCCCGACGCUUAAGCUUCAAGCUUCUUCUGCUGCUGUCAUCGAAACGACGCCGGAACUUGUCACAACUGACCAGAAAUCUGAUACUAACGAAAGUAUUUUAGGUUGUCCAAUCUGUUAUGAACCCUUAACAUGGAGUGGUGAUUCUACUUUGUCAGUAGACACUGCUCAAGGCACUACCUUAUAUUGUAACACCAGUAAGAAGACUUACUAUGCAAAUGGUCCCAUUUUUAAUCUCACUGCAUCAAGCGGGGCUAAGGACUAUGUUGAAUCAAUGCCUCUAGUGACAGAGUUUUUCAGCACCCCUGCCAUGUCAUUUCUGUAUGAGAGAGGCUGGCGCCAAAAUUUUGGGCUUGGUGGUUACCCCGGCCCUGAUAGAGAGUUUGAAAUGGCAAAAGAAUACUUUAAACCUGUUUUUGGUGGAAAUAUUGUUGACGCUAGCUGUGGAAGUGGAUUGUUUUCAAGGCUUUUUGCGAAGAGUGGACUGUUUUCUCGAGUUGUUGCUCUUGACUAUUCAGAAGCAAUGUUACAGCAAUGCUAUGAAUUUGUUAAAGAGGAUCCAGGCUUCCCCAAAGAGAAGUUACUUUUGGUCAGAGCUGAUAUCUCCAGGCUUCCAUUUGUUUCUGGCUCCAUUGAUGCUGUGCACGCUGGUGCUGCAUUACAUUGUUGGCCCUCACCUUCCUCUGCUGUUGCUGAAAUAAGUCGAAUAUUAAGACCUGGGGGUGUAUUUGUUGCCACGACUACCAUAGCAGAUGGCCCUUUUUCGCUGGUGCCGUUUAGAAGUAAUUUUCGUGAGUAUCUGCAGCAAAUAUCAGGGUCACGUGUUUUCCUCUCUGAACGUGAGCUUGAAGAUCUCUGCACAACCUGUGGCCUAGUGGACUUUAGGUGCACACGGAAUGGGCUAUUCGUUAUGAUAUCUGCUACAAAACCCAAUUAAGCUUGUUGAUUUCUGCAAUUGUCUGUAAUUCUGCAUGUCCAAGGUGUCAAUGCACAAAAUACAUUACAAGUACUGCAUUGCUAUCAGUAAUGGUAUCCAUGCAUGGCUAUAUGAUUAAUAUGCAGGAUGUUUUCCUGUAUCAUCCUGAAUUUUCAUUAUCUUGUACAUCUUUUUAUCAUUUUUUUUGCUUGUAUAGAAAUAUUAAUACCAUCAGUAUAAAUUGUAAUAACAUCAAACUUCUAUUUUUUGGCCAACUCGGAGUUUGAAUAAAAAUAAAUAAAUAAGCAGUUCUAGAUUGUCAA